UACAUACAUACAUACAUACAUACAUACAUACGCACACGUACUCAAAAACGAAAUUAAAAUAAAAACACACAAAAAAACAACACUUGCAGCAGCACUAUCAAGGUUCUUAUCAGCUAUUUCAAGCAUUCGCUGAGACGACGGGCCAAUAAUUCGUUUUUAGGUUUUACAGUACCUUACACAACAUGUAUCUGCGCAUUUCCCUAGUCACCCCGUUCACUCUGUCCAGUUUGAAAUAUAGUUGAAUAGUGGAGACCAGAGUCUAUCAAACUUGGGCUGUCUCUUGUGGAGGUCAUAAGUGAGCUUUUCAAGAGGAAGAAAGUCAACAAUCUGGUCAAUCCACAUUUUAAAUGUAGGGGGGGUAUUAGAGGCCCACAAUAGAAGAAUACAUUUCUUAGCAAAGUAUGUAAUAGUCAUGAGCAAAUUUUCUCUGUCAGGAUCAAGAACAAAGUCCUGCUGGGCAUUAAGAAGAUAGAUACACGAGGUCAUAUCAAACUGUACCUCUAGUAUUUUCUGUGCAGCAGUAUGUACAGAUUGCCAGAAUCUGGCAAUCUCCCUACAGCUCCAAAAUACAUGCAUAUAGGUUCCACUUUCAGAGGUACAUCUUUUACAGUUAGGAUACCUAUCUGUUUUCAUUCUAUGGAGUCUCAAAGGAGUAUAAUAAAAUUUGUACAAAAAUUUGUAAUUAAGAUUCUUUCAUUUUUACAUUGGUAGAGGAGCAGUAUACCCUGUCGCAAACCUCCGCCCAUAACUCAUCACUUAUAGUCAGACCAAGGUCCUUUUCCCAGAUUAUUGGAGGAGCUUCCUUUCUCAGAAAGGAGUCUAUAAAUGUAAGAUAUUUAGCCUUUAAUGGAUUGUGCUGUGACAAGAAGGGUUUCAACUUCAUUCAACUGAGUUCUAAACCUCCUCUUGGAGGUAAAUGAAGAAAUUACAUGUCUAAUUUGAAGAUGUUUUAAAAAAUGGGAUCUUGGCGCAUCGAAUUCACUGCAGAGCUCUUGAAAGGAUUUCAGUGUAGUGGUUUUCUGAUGAAAUAGGUCUGAAAAGGUCCUGAUUCCUAGAGUAUGCCAAAGAUUAAAGUUGGCAUCCCUCAGGGCUUUUGGCAAGUCUGGGUUGCCUAUUAUAGGCGAGUGAGAACAUAUUUGGGAGGAAAUGCCCAGGUAUUUCUUACAGUCCCUCCACGCUAGUAGGGUGCUGUAAAUCACAAAGGUUUUGGCUAUGUUGCCCACUUCACUAAAGUUAUUAAUGAAUAUAAUUGAGCUUAAGGGCAAUGAACCACAGGAUUGGGCUUCUAUCUGAAUCCACGUUGACUCUUGUCUGUUUGUGAUCCAUGUUAGCAUGUUGCGGAUUUGGGCAGACCAGUAGUACAAUUGAAGGGAGGGAAGGGCAAGACCACCCUUAGAUUCAGGUUUCGAUAGAGUGGAAAACUUGAUCCUAGGUUUUUUUAUUGCCCCAUAUAAAUUUGGUGAUGCUUUGGUUCUCUUCAAUGUCUUGUCCAAGGAAUGUGACUUAUGCAAUAGGUAUUAGGCCUAGCCUACUCCUCCGUGUCUCUGCAGCCUGCCUUCUGGAAAACUGUCCCAAAGUGAAAAAUCUUCAGUUCUUGGAAAUGUUCCUCUUGCAGUUUGAAAGGAAACCCCUGCCAAACAAAGCACAUUCUUAAAGCUGGAGGUUCCCUCAGCAUUAGCCCUUGGUCAUGACACUCAGUUCCAUUAUAUAUAAGUCAUUGGACGAAGGCAACCCUAAUCAAGUGUAGUAUCUGUUCUUAUCAGUUUAUCUAAUACAUCCCCUGUCGGGGGAUUACUUAUUAAAUGGGGUUUUCAAAUAGGGAGUGGGAAAUGGGAGUUGCUCCACUUAUUUAUUUAUUUAACAUUUAUUUAACUGGGCAAGUCAGUUAAGAACAAAUUCUUAUUUACAAUGACGGCCUAGGAACAGUGGGUUAACUGCCUUGUUCAGCAUCUACCUGGUAUUGAAGUACCCCCGGGAAUGGUGCACCACUUUUCAGGGGGUUGCCAGGUCAAAUCUCUGGUCUGAAGUGAGCUGGCAACUGGAGGGUUGCUGCUGGUAUCAAGUCCUAAAUGCCAUUGCCAGCUGUUGUGCCCUUGAGAAAGGCACUUAACCCCCCAAAACAACUGCUCCACAGGUGCCCAGUGUGGCAGCCCCCUCCUCCAACCUCUCCUAUCCUGUAGAGGUAUGUGUAUCUUUUGGACGGGUUGAGAUAAAGUGGAAGUCACAUUUCGGGUUGGACCUUGUGAUCUUAAAAGGAAAAAUGUCUUGGUUGGAUCUGUUAGGACUGGCUCUUCGGCUUUGGAAGAUGUUUGACUGUGAGAUCAGAGGUUAGUAUACUCAGUGUAUGUCGACUAUAAGAAAGGCAUUGAAGUAUUACUUCACACCUGAACCUGAUGGUCUACAGAAGACAUUCCAUCAUGUUACUCUAUGAAGAGUGAGCAUAGACUGAAGGUCAGUUUAUUCCCCAGUCUCUGUCACCCAGUCCCAUUCAUUCAUAGUUACAGAAAAGAGCAGUGUGUUUGGGUGAUCUGGUUUGACUCCCAUCUGAGCUACAGACAACUGCUACAGACAACUGUAGCCUACCCAGUAUGUGUGUUGAGAGCGCAUGUCAGCAGCUGGCAAUAUGCAUUGCACAAUCCAAACAGAGGUCAGAUGGAGGUGAGAACAGGCCUACGCACACCUGACUGGAAUGUAUAGGCUUCAGUAUGACACUCAUUGUUGCAAGAUGUCCCUAUUUCUGUGUUUUUGUUUUGCAUUAUAGGGGCAACUGUAAAGGAAUAUUCCAAUGCUAAUUUUUACAUUAAUACUGCCAAUAAGUGGAAUGUUUAUGUUACUGUAUUUCCCUUUAGUUAUUUCAACAUUCACAGUCUGGCCUGUCUCUUGCCCUCUGGCUGUUCAGGAAUGUGUACACUAGAUAUACUUCAAUGGGGGGUCUGAAUAAACAAGCACCUCCCCACCACAGCGUUGCAACACACACACACACUUGCGCACAGCUGAGAGACAUUAGGCAGAGUUUAGGCCCACUCCUCAUGAGCACAAGCCCUCUGCUGCUCUGCCAUAAAUGAGGUGAGGGAGGACAACGGGGAACUGUUAGAAAAGCUCUGGAAAGAUCUCAUAACUCCAGCACAAGGACCAGACGGCGUGUUCUCUUUAUUUGCAACUCUUUUUGAUGGAUUAUGUCAGUUAAAGAAGAAAGAAUUGAAAGAGUUUUGGCUUCAAGUUGGAAUUUCUUAAUACGCCAAACAAAAGAGUUUAGGAAAAGUUCACUUUGUCACAGGCACAGAUAAUUGUCUUUAACCAGAAAUGCUCCCUAUAUAAUUUAUAUUUUAAAAUGAAGCAAGUAUAAUAUUUACUCUUAACUUUUUGUCUUCUUAAUUGAUUAAACAAUGAGAGACUUUCCAGGCAGAGAGUUGGUACUUCCAUCUGCGCCCAUCUUAAGAGCAGGCACAAAGACACCCAGAAAGCAUGUUUUGGUUUAAUGGUCACAUAGGCUAUGCAGUGAGGUAUAGUAUAGCCAGAAGCAGCAGGUUGGGUUCGAUCGUAGGAAUCUUAGGGGAGAGCAUACAGAAUAAAGGUUUUACUGAGACUCCCCCUCGUCUCCGGCAGUAUAAUUUAAAUUGAAACUAUGUCCAUAUCUCUAAGAACUGUAUUGCCUUGCUGAGCCUUUUGGAAAGCCAUUACUCUGCUAAUUGGUUCACCCAUUUAGCAGAUUUAGUUUAUUUUUAGGCUAUUCUCAGUGAUAUUCUCUUGCAAUGUUACACAACCAUUUUAUUGUAUUUUUUUCCGGAUGAAAAAGACUGCCUCAUUUGUCCUUUAACACUGUUUUAUUAGCUCUGCUGUCAUAAAGCCCCACAUACUUUCCCUACCUUGGUCAUCCUGACAGCAAGGCCAGUUGUCCAUGCACCUGGGUGAGAUGUGAGCUAAUACACAUGGAUUGUGUAUUAAAUCUUCAUCUGUGACAGUAAGAACUUCUGACCGCAGAACAACCCCAGUUAGACCCAAACCAGCCAGUGACUGCCAUCUAGUGGAGUUGACAGUCAGGAAAUCUGAGACUGAGCAAGAUGAAUUCCAAAGGAGAAGGCCUUGUUUUCCAGACUUGUGGAGAUACAGUGUUUUCCUUUUUAUGGAAAUUGUUUCAAUGAAAUGUAGUUGAUUGUAUUCUUUCCACUGAUAUGUUGUCCUUAACCUCUUUUGUGUGUCCACACUGAGGUGUAAAUGUAUGGGCAUCAGAGAGCCCAGUAUGAAGAAGACAGGCAGGCCGGUGGGGACUAAGGCUCAGAGUGGAGAGAGGGGGAAGACUGAAGGCACUGCUACAGGAACCACCGGCAAGGCUGCAGCCAAGACCACCACAACAGCACCACUGUCAAAGGUUAAAAGCAAUGAUGAUCUGCUAGCAGCAAUGGCAGGGGGAACUCCAGCUACGAACCGCACUGUGACCAAGAAUAAGAGGACUGCCUCCACGGGGAACAGCAAUGGUAACCCAGACAGUAAACCAAAGACUAGCACAGGUUCCUCAGCCAAACGUGUGACGUCCUCGACCUCCAAGGAGCCCAACUCAUCGAGGGAUCGUCUGCGGACAUCCAGAACAUCGCCUAGUAAGAAGCAGUCAUCAGGGGCAGGGCAGGGAGAUGUGGCCCAGGGAAAGCGCUCUCGCAGCCAGCAGCUAGCAGAGUCAGAGGGCCGCAUGAACAAAUCUAAAUCAGACAGCCAGAUCAGUGACAAGGUGGCCCUGGAGGCCAAGGUGGAGGACCUGCUGGGUUUGGCCAAGAGCAAAGACGUGGAGAUCCUGCACCUACGCAGUGAGCUGAGAGAUAUGAGGGCUCAGCUGGGCCUGGGACGGGAAGAGGUGCCCCCAGAGGAGGGAGAAGGCGGAAGGGGGGAUGAGAAGCCCCUGGAGAGGGAGGUGUCGGCCAUCACAGCAGCGGAAGUGGAGUCCACGCUGCUCCUCCUGCAGGAGCAGAACCAUGCCAUCCGUGAGGAACUGAACCUGUUGAAGAGUGAGAACCGCAUGCUGAAGGACCGACUCAAUGCGCUUGGCUUCUCCCUGGAGCAGAGGCUGGAUGGCUCUGACAAGCUCUUUAACUACGCCUCCCUGAGCCCAGACCUGGCUGCCAGCAGCAGACACAGCGAUGGCAGGUGCACUGGUACCCUCACUUCCUCUGUGGAGGGCUCUGCUCCGGGCUCCCUGGAGGACCUGCUGACGGACCAACAGCACGGCGGUUCAUUGGACAACUUGGACAGUGAGUCCAGCGAGGUCUACCAGGGUGUCACAUCCAGCGACGACGCCCUGGACGCCCCCUCCGGAGCCUCCUCCUCCUCCGAGUCUGAGAGCCUGCCCAGCCGAGAACGCUCGUGCCGGGGCAGCAGCGGCAACGCCAGCGAGGUGUCUUUGGCCUGCCUGACAGAGCGAAUCCACCAAAUGGAGGAGAACCAGCACAGCACGGCCGAGGAGCUGCAGGCCACACUACAGGAGCUGGCUGACCUGCAGCAGAUCACCCAGGAGCUGAAUGGAGAGAACGAGAGGCUAGGGGAAGAGAAGGUAAUCCUCAUGGACUCUCUGUGUCAGCAGAGCGACAAGCUGGAGCACUACGGCCGGCAGAUUGAGUACUUCCACUCUCUGCUGGACGAUCACCACGUGUCCUACGUCCUGGAGGAGGACAUCAAGAGCGGCCGCUACAUGGAGCUGGAGCAGCGCUACGUGGACCUGGCCGACAACACCCGCUUCGACAGGGAGCAGCUACUGGGGGUGCAGCAGCACCUCAGCAACACACUGAAGAUGGCUGAGCAGGACAACGCCGAGGCCCAGGAGUUGAUCGGCGCUCUGAAGGAGAGAAACCACCACAUGGAGCGCAUCAUGGAGUCAGAGAGGCAGGACCGGGGGGCCAUGGUGGCAGCGCUGGAGGAGUACAAGGCGGCGGUGAGCAGUGACCAGGUAGAGCUGAGCCGCUGCAGGGCCCAGCUGGACCAGGAGAGGCAGAAGGUGGCUGAGCUCUACUCCAUCCACAACUCUGGAGACAAGAGUGACAUCUGCCAGCUACUGGAGGGUGUUCGGCUGGACAAGGAGGAGGCAGAGGGCAGGGCUGCCAAACUGCAGGAGGACCUUGGCCACGCCUGCAGUGAUGUCACCAGGUUGCAGGACACCCUCAAUAAGCUGGAUGGGGAGUACCAGGACUUCCAGGAACAGGUACAGAAGCAGAUGGCUGAGCAGAAGCGUGGGCUGGAGAAACAGCGCGGUGAGCUGCUGGAGAAGGAGACUGAGAUCGGGGACAUGAAGGAGACCAUAUUUGAGCUGGAGGAUGAGGUGGAGCAGCACCGAGCAGUCAAACUCCACGACAACCUCGUCAUCACAGACCUGGAGAACUCUGUGAAAAAGCUACAGGACCAGAAGCAUGACAUGGAGCGGGAGAUUAAGAUCCUCCACCGGAGGCUGAGGGAAGAGUCGGCAGAGUGGCGUCAGUUCCAGGCUGAUCUGCAGACGGCCGUGGUCAUCGCUAAUGACAUCAAGUCGGAAGCACAGGAGGAGAUUGGGGAUAUGCGUCACCGUCUCCGCGAGGCCCAGGAGAAGAACGAGAAGCUGGGCAAGGAGCUGGAGGAAGUCAAGAACCGCAAGCAGGAUGAGGAGAGGGGCAGGGUGUAUAACUACAUGAAUGCAGUGGAGCGGGAUCUGGCUGCACUGAGGCAGGGUAUGGGCCUGAGCCGUCGCUCCUCUACCUCCUCAGAGCCCUCUCCCACUGUCAAAACCCUCAUCAAGAGCUUCGACAAUGCCUCCUCACAAGGUACCCCAACCUGCGAGUGCCUAGUCCCCCCGACCGCUGCCCCUGCUGUCACAUUACCACGCACUCCCCUGAGUCCCAGCCCCAUGAAGACCCCUCCUGCAGCCGCCAUCACACCCAUGCAGAGACAGUCCAUAACUGGGUCCAUCUCAGCAGCCAAACCCCUCUCCUCUCUGAAUGACAAAAGGCCCAGCUACACAGACAUCAGCAUGCCAGCAGAGCAUCAUCUUAGGGGCUCCUCUGCCAGCCGCCCUGCCUCUGCUCUGCAGAGGGUCUCAAACAUGGACUCAUCUAAGGCCAUGGCCAUAUCAGUGUCCCGCAGGAGCAGUGAGGAGAUGAAGAGGGACAUCUCUGCCCCUGAGGGUGGCACCUCGUCCUCUCUGAUGGCCAUGGGCUCUACUUCCUCCCUGUUGUCCUCCUCUCCCACCGCCUCCGUCACCCCCACUGCACGCAGCCGCCUCCGAGAGGAGCGGAAGGACCCCCUCUCAGCGCUGGCCCGGGAGUAUGGGGGUUCCAAGAGGAACGCACUGCUCAAGUGGUGCCAGAAGAAGACUGAGGGGUACCAGAACAUCGACAUAACAAACUUCAGCAGCAGCUGGAACGACGGCCUUGCGUUCUGUGCUGUGCUACACACCUACCUGCCUGCUCACAUCCCCUACCAGGAGCUCACGAGCCAGGACAAGAGGCGAAAUUUCACACUAGCCUUCCAGGCUGCAGAGAGUGUGGGGAUCAAGUCCACUCUGGACCUCAAUGAGAUGGCCAGUACUGAGAGACCAGACUGGCAGAGUGUGAUGACCUACGUCACGGCCAUCUACAAGUACUUUGAGACCUGAUGUGAUUUCCCCACCCAACACUGCAAGCACAACCUGCAGCCCUGCUCGGAAGCUCCUCUGACCUCACUGCACCUCCAACACUUCAACUCGACAUUCAACUCUGGUGUUAUAGCUCACUUCACUGAACCACCCUUCAUCCCAGCCGUGCCACACUCCGGCCCCUCUGUCUCUGGUCCAGAGGCCUGCUAGUUUUGAAUCGCCAUAAGAAACAUAUACAAAUAAGCUCACUGCAAGCUAUUCAUAAUAUUGCUAUUGUGAACAGUCUUGCCCUUUUCACUGACACCUUAAGUGUGAUGGUGACACACAGCUUAAGGGCACUUCAAGCACCUAUUCAGGGCCUGCUCUGUUGGGGAUUCUAUUUUUACUCUGAUCCGUUACUGGAUAACCCGGUUGAGAUGACCCUUAAUCCAAAUGAUCUGGUUAAACCAGUUGGAGAACAUGCUACAGACUAUCCCAGUCGUUGUGCCUUGCACCCAGCCUUUACUCUUCCAGCCAAGGGGUUAUCCAAAAUGUUUCAGCCAAACCAUACCCAUUGUGUGUAGUAUGUUCAUGGCACUUAUUUUCUAUGGAAAUAAGAGGGACAAAUGGAACACUUUGUCAGGUGCAGGUUCAUCUUUUGUCAUGGAUUAAGUGCCUGUUUAAAUCGCAUCACUGACUUCCUAAGAGAGGUUGUAGCAAAAAUGUCUCAAUGAAACUGUUUCAAUGCUCCAUGCUUUCAAAGCAUCUUUGGAGAAAUCGAAGUGAAGCUUUUUAGAAACACUAGUUAUUGAGCAGUUGUAUGAAAAACACUAGCUACAUCAUAAGGGAUAAAGCUGUCAGGUGCUCUCACGAUCACCUGUUAGAUUCAAGCUACAAUGUUGAUAUGCUUUUGGUCUGUUUUUAGGAGCGUGAACAUUGCUACAGUAGCAUUUUGUAUUGGUAACAGAGACCAAUGAACUUUACGGGACCAACACAAUGCCUCUCCGUGACAGCUUUCUCACAUAGAACUGUCUUAAUCCUGAACCAAAAAAGGAAUGUGUUUUUUCUUUAUGUGAAGUCCAGGGCUAGACUUGGCAAAAGCCCUGCUUCUUGGUGAUUUGAUUGGACUGUUUGGCCAGGAUGUUGAGUCUCAAGGUUGAACAUUCUUCAUAGUCACUUUUGUUGUCGUCAUCAAUCAAGAUUGGGAAAGUUUUUCAACUGCAAAAUGCAUCAGUUUUGCUGCUGGACCCAAAUGUAUUAACAUAUUGUUAGUGUUGACACAUUACUUCCACCAACAGCAGACUGAUUUGCAUUCCAUACAUUGAACUCCCAGGAUUGUUCACAGUCCAGUGCUCUUGAACUAUAAGAUUGAUGUGUUAUUAGAUACUCUGAGCUCAACUCACAAUGGAUUUAACUAAUCGUGUGUGUAAACAAACUUUUUGUAAGUUGAUAUAUUCCAUCUUGCCAGUAACAUUUACCUAGCCUACAAAGACAUUUGCACAGCAAAUUAUAACUACAAGAAAUGCUUAAGUAACACCUAUGUAAAUUAUAUAUCUGCGCUAUCUUCACCAAAUUUACUUCAUUGAUAUAAAGCCUUACUAACAUUAAUGUGGAACUCAAUUCUAUGUAGUUUACAUAGUUGUCAAGAAAGAUAUUGGAAUGAAGAAUGACUGUCAUGUUAUUGUGCCUCUGCUUAUUAGUUUCUGUGGGUUUAUUAGUGUGGUUUAAUCCACCAUCCAGUAUAGCGAGGCAAGUGUUAGAAAUGUUAAAGGACAUUAUAUAUACAAAAGUAUGUGGAUACCCCUUCAAACGAGUGGAUUCGGCUAUUUCGGCCACACCCGUUGCUGGCAGGUGUAUGGAAUCGAGCACACAGCCAUGCAAUCUCCAUAGACAAACAUUGGCAGGAGAACGGUCUUGCUAAAGAGUUCAGUGACUUUCAACCUGGCACUGUCAUAGGAUGCCACCUUUCCAACCAGUCAGUUUGUCAAAUUUCUGCCCUGCUAUAACUGCCCCGGUCAACUUUAUAAUUGUUUUAUUUUGAAGUGGAAACGUCUAUGAGCCGCAAAGUGGUAGGCCACACAUGCUCACAGAACGGGACCUGGAGUUGGCUCACAGACGUUGGCUGGAGUAGUGUAAAGCUUGUCGCCAUUGCACUCUGGAGCAGUGGAAACGCGUUCUCUGGAGUGAUGAAUCACACUUCACCAUCUGGCAGUGCGACAGACAAAUGUGGGUUUGGCGGCUGCCAGGAGAACGCUACCUGCCCGAAUGCAUAGUGCCAACUGUAAAGUUUGGUGGAGGAGGAAUAAAGAUCUGGGUCUUCAGGCUGCUUCCAGUGAAGGGAAAUCUUAACACUACAGCAUACUGACAUUUUAGACAAUUCUGUGCUUCCAACUUUGUGGCAACAGUUUGGGAAGGCCCUUUUCCUGUUUCAGCAUGACAAUGCCCUUGUGCACAAAGCGAGAAAUAUCUAGAAAUGGUUUGCACAGAGCCCUGACCUCAACUUCAUAAAACACCUUUGGGAUGAAUUGGAACGCCGACUGCAAGCCAGACCCAAUCGCCCAACAUCAGUGCCCGACCUCAGUAAUGCUUUUGUGGCUGAAUGGAAGCAAGUUCCUACAACAUCUAGUGGAAAGCCUUCCCAGAAGAGUGGAGCUGUUAUAGCAGCAAAGGGGGGACCAACUCCAUAUUAUUGUCCAUGAUUUUGUAAUGAGAUGUUUGACGAGCAGGUGUCCACAUACUUUUUGGUUAUGUAGUGUAUGUGACCAAUCUAUGACUUCAUCACACUGCUGCACUGAUAUCUCUCAUAAACUCAUAACAUAAGCUGGCUUGUUGCCUUUCGUUUGUUUCCAACCACACUACUGUAUAAUUUCAGAAUGGUACAGGAAGCUGUGGAUACUCCCUCGUUGCCGUACCACCUUAGUUUAGGUCCCCAUACAUCUACGAUAUAACACACUUGCAUGUGGCGAUGAAACUUUUGAGGGACUUUAAAAAAUGAAAAUGAUAUAUAUUUUUUUAAAUAUAUUUGAAAGCACAUUAACUCCGGUCUGCUUGCCAGGCACUGCAUGGUGAUUGAGGCACUCACUGACCAAGCACAACUAGGAGCAUGGGUGGUCGUUUUUUUUUUUUUUUGUCGAUCAGUGUGGUUGGAGAGUAAGACUGUGUUUAAAUUGUAGGGAGGGAUUGUAUGGAUGAACACUAAUUUGUGAGAGCGCAUGAGCUGUGAUUUUGUAAUGUACAGUAUUUACUGUUGAACAUUGCAUAGUAUGUUACCUCUAAAUCUCAUGUAUUUAUAUUUCCCAUUGCCAUUACUGCAAACCUGUGGCUAAAAUCUGACUUGCAUUGGAUCCAAACAGUAGUUGGUUUGCUAUGAUUCUAUUAUGUGAAGCUCCUCUGCUACUUCUUGCCAAGUACACAAUGUAAUAAUAAUUGGGUGGGUGUGCUUACAUUUGUCCUAUUUCACACAUGUACAAGUGUGUAUUAUACGCAUGUGAAUUUGAAAUGUUUUUGCAUAUCCCUAAGACACCCUCGGAAUGUCUCUUGAUCGUGUUCCAAUGUACAUUGGUAUUGAUAAGUGGUACAGUGCCAUCAAAGUAUUCAUACCCCUUGACUUAUUCCACUUUUUGUUGUUACAGCCUGAAUUCCAAAUGGAUUAACUACAUCUACUGCACACAAUAUCCCAUAAUGACAACGUGAAUGCAUGUUUUUAGAGAUAUUUGCAAAUGUAUUAAAUUAAAUACUGAAAUAUCUAAUGUUUUCACACCCCUGAGUCAUUACUUUGUAGUAGCACCUUUUGUUAGUGAUUACAGCUGUGAAUCUUUCUGGGUAAGUCUCUAAUAGCUUUCCACACCUGGAUUGUGCAACAUUUGCCCAUUUUAUUAUUUUCUAAAUUCUUCAAGCUCUGUAAAAUUGGUUGUUGAUCAUUGCUAGAGAACCCUUUUCAGGUAUUGGCGUAGAUUUAAAUAAACUUACUCGGCCACUCAGGAACAUUCACUGUCUUCUUGGUAAGCAACUCCAGUGUAUAUUUGGCAUUGUGUUUUAGGUUAUUGUCCUGCUGAAAGGUGAAUUCAUCUGUGUCUGGUGGAAAUCAGGUUUUCCUCAGAUUUUUCUGUGCUAAGCUCAAUUCUGUUUCUUUGUUACCCUGAAACUCCCUAGUCCCUAACGAUGACAAGCAUACCCAUAACAUGUUGCAGCAACUACUAUGCUUGAAAAUAUGAAGUGGUACUCUAAUUUGCUGUAUUGGAUUUAACCCAAACGUAACACUUUCUUCAGGGGAUUUUUUUUUUUUUUUUUGCCGUUUUACUUUAGUGCCUUGUUGCAAACAGGAUGCAUGUUUUUGAAUGUUGUAUUCUGUACAGGCUUCCUUCUUUUCACUCUGUCAAUUAGGUUAGUAUUUUGUAGUAACUACAAUCUCAGUUUUCUCUUAUCACAGCCAAUAAACUCCAUGCAACCUA